AUGGUCAAACCCAGGAUAAGACAACAAACUCUCGGAGUCGUCUUCACGAACACAACAAGACACCAGCCACGGCCCUUGUCUGCGUUCGAGGACUUCAAUGAAGCAUCACUUACACCAUACUCACGUCCGACCAGCUUCGCCUCCUCAUCCGAAGCAUCAUCUCCUCGAUACACCAUGACGGGUCACCCUCCGACCCUCAACGAGAUCCUUCUCGAUACCGCCCCUCCGCCAUGGACCCUCACGGCCUUCAUGGCCUACCUCUCGCAGAACCACUGCAUGGAGACGCUGGAGUUUACUCUUGAUUCCCAGCGUUAUACUGCCUUCUACGAUCAGUUCUUUUCCGAAGCGACCGCCUCUGAUGAAAAUCGGGAAAAGGUCUGCGCCUGGUGGGAGAAGCUGAUGCAGAUCUACAUCGUUCCCUGCGCCCCUCGCGAGGUCAACAUUCCCGCUCAGGUCCGAGAUUGCCUCCUCCGCGUGCCGUAUGGCCCCAAUCCUCCUCACCCCUCCGAACUUGCCGAAGCGGGACGCAUCAUAUACGAAUUAAUGAAUGAUUCUCUCUUGGUGCCCUUUUUGGAAUCCGUCGCUGCGCCCAUGCCCGACAGCCAUCAUGACUUCCAUUUUGGAUCGCCCAAGGCUUCGUCUGACCGAACAGCCUCGAGCGGCACGGAUCUGGAUGUUUUGACGGUUGAAAGCGAUCCCAAUUCACCCGUCACGGAGCCCAUGACGCCCCCUACUACACCACCCACCUCGGAAUGGACCUUCAACACGUCGCCCGGCGGCUUUCACCGUGCGGUAGCGGCGCAUAACAAAGGCUGGAAAAAGGUCGGCGCAAAGCUGGGUUUCAAUCGCAAAAACUCUAGCCGGAGAACAACACCCACAUCUUCAGGAGCUGAAUCCGGAGAGAUGAGCUUCAGCACUAGCAACCACUCAUUCUAA